AUGGAUAACGCAGCUUUCAGAGCCCGUGUCCUUACCAGACACCUACGAGAUGAUCGCGCCACCGCCACCGCCAUUUUCGGGUCGCCGUGCCUUGGCUACAAUCCGCCGGAAGCCUCCGAGAGGCCCUCUUCCUUCGACGUGGGUUUAAUGCGGAAGCUGAUGGAUGGCCACAACUUGGAGGACAGGGACUGGCUCUUCAAUCUAAUGGUACAGAGCAAGCUUUUCAAUCCCAAAUUGAGGGGCGGAAAAGUCUUCGUGGUCCCUGAUUACAACCAGUCGAUGGAACAGCAGAGGGAGAUCACUAUGAAGAGAAUUCAGUAUUUGCUGGAUAAUGGGGUUUUCCGAGGCUGGCUCACGGGUAAAGGAUUUGAAGCUGAGAUGAGGAAGCUGGCGCUAUUGGAGGUUAUAGAGGUUUUUGACCACUCACUUGCCAUCAAGAUUGGUGUUCACUUCUUUUUGUGGGGUGGUGCUGUCCAGUUUUUUGGUACAAAGAGGCAUCAUGAUAAAUGGCUGAGUGCAACAGAAAAUUACAAUAUUAAAGGCUGCUUUGCAAUGACGGAGUUGGGGCAUGGCAGCAAUGUUCGAGGCAUUGAAACAAUUACCACUUAUGAUUCAAAAUCAGGGGAGUUUGUUAUCAACACACCAUGUGAAUCUGCUCAAAAGUACUGGAUUGGAGGUGCAGCUAAUCAUGCAACACACACGGUAGUCUUUUCACAGCUCGAAAUAGAUGGAAAGAAUGAAGGUGUCCAUGCUUUUAUAACCCAAAUUAGAUAUGCAGAUGGAACAAUAUGUCCCAAUAUCCGGAUCGCUGAUUGCGGUCAUAAGAUCGGUUUGAAUGGUGUUGACAAUGGUCGAAUAUGGUUUGACAAUGUUCGCAUCCCUCGGGAAAAUUUAUUGAAUUCAGUUGCUGAUGUUUCUCCAGAUGGAAAUUAUCUGAGUGCGAUAAAGGACCCUGACCAGAGAUUUGGAGCAUUCAUGGCCCCAUUGACAUCUGGACGUGUCACCAUUGCAACCAGUGCCAUUUACUCUGCAAAGAUUAGCUUAGCCAUUGCCAUUAGAUACUCAUUAACAAGGAGAGCAUUUUCAGUUACACCAAAUACUCCUGAAGUUCUUUUGCUUGAUUACCCAAGCCAUCAACGACGCCUUCUACCUCUUCUUGCAAAGACGUAUGCUAUGAGCUUCGCUGCCAACUAUCUAAAACUCCUAUAUGUUAAGAGAACCCCUCAGUUAAUCAAAUCAAUCCAUGUUGUUUCUAGUGCAUUCAAGGCUAUUUUAACAUGGCAUAACAUGCGAACGCUUCAGGAAUGUCGCGAGGCUUGCGGAGGACAAGGAUUGAAGACAGAAAACCGUAUUGGUCAGUUGAAAGGUGAAUUUGAUGUGCAAUCUACUUUUGAGGGCGACAACAAUGUUCUUAUGCAGCAGGUCAGUAAGGCACUGUUAGCAGAGUAUGUGAGUGCGAAAAAGAGAGACAAGCCUUUCAAAGAAUUGGGACUGGAACACAUGAAUAAACCACAACCUAAUAUUCCUUCACAGCUUACCGCAGACACGGUCCGGAGUACUGAAUUUCAGAAUGAUAUGUUCUGUUUGAGAGAAAGAGAUCUAUUAAACCGCUUCGCCACUGAAGUAACAAAGUACCAAAUGCAGGGAGAAAGCAAAGAAUCUGCUUUUAUUGCGAGUUAUCAGCUGGCUGAAGAUCUAGGCAGAGCCUUUUCUGACCGUGCAAUUUUGCAGACUUUUAUAGAAGCUGAGAAUAAUGUAACAGAUGCCCCCUUGAAGUAUGUUUUGGGUCUUUUGAGGUCAAUGUAUGUUCUGGUUACUUUGGACGAAGAUACUGCUUUCCUCCGAUACGGUUAUUUAACGGUCGAGAAUGCUGCGGUAGUGAGGAAAGAAGUUGCGCGGCUUUGCAGUGAAAUAAGGCCUCACGCGCUUGCUUUGGUCUCUUCUUUUGGUAUUCCUGAUGCUUUCUUGAGCCCUAUUGCAUUUGAUUGGGUUGAGGCAAAUUCUUGGCACGAGGCUAGGUACUAA